AUGUCUGAGAGAUCAUUGUCACCGUCUGAUUAUUAUGAAUUAAAACAUGUUAAAUCCAUAACCUAUAAGCACGCAUCAAAUGUAAAGAAAGGAAGAACCAUCCUAUACCAAAGUACUGACAAAUUAGAGAGCGAUUUAAAUAAAUGCAAUUUAAGUUGCGAUUGCUCAGAAUGUGGAUAACUAGUGGGAUUUUCGUUAAAAUUAUAUAGAGAAUUACCUCUAAAAGAAACAAGAAAUCAAAAGAAAAAAAAAACAUUAAGAAGAUUUAAAGCUGUGGGAAAUGCCAUUAUUUUUAUUCUGACUUACAAAAUGGAAGCAAUUAAACGAAUAAAAAAGAAAAUGCAUCUUCUAAGAGCAGUUCGAAAUUUAACUGUAAGAAGACCUGCUGUCGUAUAAUCAGUACAUUUAUUACCAGUUUAAUAACCAAUAAAGCAACCGCAAAGUCGUGAUGAAGAAAUCGAAGAAACAGUGUCUAUUCAUCCAUUUUAACCUAUCUAAGGAGGACCAAGAAAGAGUAAGAUAUCAAUAUAUAUGGAAAGGAUGUUAAAGGAUGUAUUGCCAAAAAAGGAGGUUGGAUUAAAACCUUUAAGUAUAUUAAACGAUGCACUUAGUAAAAACAAAAAGAAGAGACACAUAAAAUGCCAAUCUCAACUGUCUUUAACUCAAUUUAAUUGUUAAUCCUAAAUUAAACCUUUUGGUGAAUUGAAUAAAACAUAAGCAACUAAUUUUUAUUAGAAUAAUAACAAGGAUAUAUUGAAAUUGAUAGACAUUAUGAAGGUCAAACGCAGAGUCAUUCGUGUAAAGAAAUGA